GUAAUGCAGUCAUUACAGGGGCAGCCUGUGGCUCUGUUAGAGUAAUUUUUAUAGCAGGCGCAGCACAGGCUUUUCCUGUACAGGAUGUCAUAAAAACAGCAAGAGAUUUCAUCAGGUCACCAGCAUCAGACCUCAACGUGGCAUUGCAUGAGUGCAUGGCAGCUCUGGAUUUAUUUCUUAGCAACAAGUUCUCAGAUGCUUUGGCUUCUUUACAAGCAAAAACUAAAGACAGUAUGUAUCAUGCACUGACUUAUGCCACUAUAUUGGAAAUGCAAGCUAUGAUGACAUUUGAUCCUCAGGACAUAAUGAAUGCAGGAAACACCAUGAAAGAAGCUCAAGCCACCUGUCAAAAAUUUAGGAAGAAAUCUACAGUAGCUGACUCCAUCAACAACCUUGUGCAUAGACAAAGCCUUGAAAACUUUACUGAAGAGGAAAUCCAUGCAGAAAUUUGCUAUGCUGAAUGUUUACUUCAAAGAGCAGCACUCACAUUCCUCCAGGAUGAGAAUAUGGUUAGCUUCAUAAAAGGAGGCAUCAAAGUCAGAAACAGUUACCAAACAUACAGGGAGUUGGACAGUCUCAUACAGUCUCCGCAUUAUGUCAAAGGAGAGAACCAUCUUCAUUUUGAGGGAGGUGUAAAGCUUGGAGUUGGAGCCUUCAACUUGACACUGUCCAUGUUUCCAGCACGAAUUCUGAGAUUACUGGAGUUUGUUGGGUUUUCUGGAAACAAGGAGCGUGGUCUGCUGCAGCUUCAAGAAGGAGCAUCCUCAUACAGCUUUAGGUCGGUGCUGUGUACCAUGCUGUUGCUUUGCUAUCAUACUUUCAUGACCUUUGUGUUAGGGACAGGAAAAGGAAAUGUUGAGGAGGCAGAAAGGCUACUUAAACCUUACUUGGCUCGCUAUCCAAAGGGAGCCAUAUUCCUGUUUUUUGCAGGCAGGAUAGAAACACUGAAGGGUAAUAUUGAUGCGGCAGUUAAUAGGUAUGAAGAGUGCUGUGAGGCUCAGCAAUACUGGAAGCAGUUUCAUCACAUGUGUUACUGGGAGCUCAUGUGGUGCUUCACCUACAAGCGUCAAUGGAAGAUGGCCUUCUUUUAUGCAGAUCUGCUAAGCAAAGAAAACACCUGGUCAAAGGCUACCUAUAUUUACAUGAAAGCUGCUUAUCUCGGCAUGUUCGGGCCAGAUGACUGCAGUCCUUUUGGAGACAACGAAGUUGAAUUAUUUAGAAUUGUUCCCAGCUUGAAACUGAAAAUCGCAGGGAAAUCACUGCCUACAGAAAAGUUUGCCAUUCGGAAAGCUAGACGGUAUCUUUCUUCAAACCCCGUUCCUUUACCUGUUCCACCUUUGGAGAUGAUGUAUAUCUGGAAUGGCUAUGCCGUAAUUGGACAAUGUCCCAAUUUAACAGAAGGCAUGUUGGAGACUUUAAUCGAAGCAGAAGAAGCAUUGGCAAGAGGUUCAGCUACAGAAUUACUAGCAGAUGACCAGUGUGUGAUAAAACUGCUAAAGGGUUUAUGCCUGAAGCAUUUGGGCAAAAUCUCAGAGGCAGAAGGCCAUUUUAAUUACAUCUACUUGAAUGAGAAGAAGAUAAAAUACGACCAUUAUCUAAUUCCAAAUGCCUUGCUGGAGCUUGCAUUGCUGUAUCUGGACCAGGACAGGAGAGAAGAAGCAAUAAAACUACUAGAAAGAGCAAAACAAAACUACAAGAAUUACUCCAUGGAAACGAGAACACAUUUCAGAAUUCAAGCUGCCCUGCAUCAAGCCAAAUCCGCCCCAGAAAAUGGAAUGCACUCCGGAGCCUCGGCGGUGUCGUAACUUUCCCUUCUUUGAUGUCCUGUUUGUGGCAGACUUUGGUGCAGACAAUUACUGACACUUCAGAAUUAUUUUUCCUUCUCUUUCAAGUUGGUGAGAAAUCAAGUCAUUCUAAAUUUUAGAGAUGAUACAUAAAACAUGAAUGUAAUAACAGGGCAAAAACUCUCAAACCAACCAUAAUGCAUAAAACAUUUGUUUUUCCAACAGUCGCUUUUCAAACACUUACAUUUGUGUAGCUCUCCUCUCAAUUGUGUGCCUUUUCUUGCUUGUUCGCAACAUCUGCUAAGCAAGAUAUAACAUCAAGUGCAACAACUGGAAAAACAAACCCUGCACCUUUUGGGGUUCACAGAAUUAAUCAGUUAGCUUUAUGCACUCAUCUGGAUUCAUACUGCUAGCAGUUGGGAACGAAGCAUUGCUUUUUCCAAAUAUCUGCUUACUUGAAAUGGUGUGAGAACAGUGCACAAGAAGCACAGCAAGGAGGAACUCUGAAUUCUGGGCAUUUUCAGUUAUGCAUAGAAUGUCUUUUCUGUAGCUUUUAGUGGUUACUUUUUUGCUGCUAUAAGAAACUUACCGGUGGAAAAAAGCCAUGCAAGUUUCUUGAUUUCCUUCAGUCUUGUCUUCAUGUCAAGUCUGCUGCUUGUCGUGGCUGAAUGAUUUGUGGGGGGGUCGGGGGUGGAGAAAAAGAUGGUGGCAAGAUAAAGCUUUACUGCUUUGAAAAGUUAAAGAAUGGGUGGACUUUAUGAAACAGUUCUGUCAUCAGAACAAAUGUAAUUUAAAGUUUUCAUUGUAUUUAAAGCACAAGUCCUUGAAGGUCACUUAAGAAACAGCAAUAUUCCACUGGAUGCAGAGCAGUGUGCAGUCACUGUGGCAGUCACAUCCUCCUUACAGUGGUUGUUGAUGGGUUUGCCUGCUUGAGAUGCCCGUGUUUGAAGAGAUGCAUGGCAUUGUUUCCUAUGGUAAGGUGCUCAAGUUGGAGCAGGCUCUCCUGACACAGUGCUCUGCCCUUUACAAAAGAGAGCAAUUUUCCUUUUUGCUUUUUCUUGAUGUUUUUGAGAAUCGUGAGGAAGGAGGUGUGCUGAGAACAGAGCAAAGGGCUAUAGCUCCAUUCUGAUGCUGUCUGCCCUAUCACUGCUGCUUUUCUGCAGAACUGGUGCAGCCAGAAGUAACACAUUUUCACAGUACUUAAUGCUCUCGAAGCCAGCUCCGUGCUUGUACACCUGUAUUUAUUGAGGACACUCUUCUACCUCCCUUCUGAGAGAGAUUCUUCCCAGUAACCUGUUCUGAUGUGUGGAGACGGGAGGUUUUUGGUGGCCCUUUUUCUCCAAUGGAGAUGCUUGUCAGGGAGAUUCAUAUAGAAGUACCUCAUGGUGAAUAUUCUUGCUAAAGUGAUUGUUCCUAGCAAAAGAGAAAAUUGACAGUUUAUAGCUCUGCUUUUACCUCUCCUAAGGAAAUGUCAUUGUUUUAUAAUGCAAAUUAAUACGCAGGGAGACAGAACCACCUGUUCCUCAACACUGAGAACUUGCAUUGUAUUAAAAAUAGACACCCUUUAUAAAACUCUUCUCCAGUUAAAAUUAUAGAUGAAAAAUUCAUUUUUUAAAGUGAUUUUCUCGUAUAAAUCCAGUUCAGGUAAAUAUCUCAGAUACAACUCAGUAUGAGCAGUUAAUGCUAUUUACAUA